AUGCCUGGCCUUACAAUAUCCACAGAUUCGAUCUCUCCACGUUCCUCAAACGCCCCGGCGACAGCGACAGCGACAGCUCCACCGCCAUCUACGUCUGUGGCCGACGCCGCGACACCUGCCACGACGUCCACGGCCGGCGCAACAAACCCUCCAGUGCACCAGACCCCUCCGCGCACCUCCCGCUCCUCGUCCCCCGCCCGGCCCCCCGUCAGCCCCAUAACCCCGACCCUCCCCCCGGCCCGCUUGUCCGACCCCGUGGCACCCUUCGCCGUUGAUCGUCCGGUCCUUACUCACAUCUCCCAGCCGCCGACUGCGGCCGCUAUUCCCCCGCCGCGCCCGGACCCCAUCGACUUCGACUCCAAUCCGGAUGUCUUGGCCCUCAAAUCGGCCAUCUCCAUCCUGCAGAUGCAAUCGAGGAAGGCGACCGCCGAUAUUCAGGCGCUCAGUGCUGCAAAGAAUGCCGCCGUGGAGAAUCCCACUGCCUUUCUCGCCGACCUCGGAGCAGGCAAGGUGCAUACGCAAGGCGACAGGCUGUUCCCCGAGUCCGACUCCGAUUCGGACGAUGGGGCGGAGGGCAAGAAAGCUGGCCAGGAGGCUGGAGAGGGCAGCGCUAGGCAAGAGAAGGCAAGGGCGCAGCUGCAGCCUUGGGAAACUUUGCCUAAACCCCAGAAUGUGGUGCGCUGUCCACCCAUUAACUGGUCACAAUAUGCUGUUGUCGGCGAGUCUCUCGACAAGAUUCACGCAGACCAAAUGGCGCGACCAAGUCAGGGCGCGCCGGCUACUUUGGGGCCAAAUGGGUCAUAUGAGUUCAAGGGGGAUUCUGGAGGCAACCAGACGCCCUUCAUAGGCGUUGCGGCUCCUUAUAAUCCUGGGAAGGACAAGAUCGACAAGAAGGCGAAAGGAGGCAAGCGGUAG